CCACCCUGGAAGCAAAGACUAGUCUCUCCACGCUGCAGCUCCUUACCCAGCGUUUAUCUGGGGGAGGGCUGGAAACUUCUCCUUGAGCAAAAGCACGGAAGAUUCACUCCAAGGGACAGGUUGAUCCUGCAGUGAUGGAUCCAAUCCCCGGCCUGUACGAGACUCCUGGGGACAGGCUGGACUACUUCCUAGAACACUGCCUGCAGCCCGAGAGAGACUGGAAAGAGGAAGGGCAGGAUGCCUGGGAUAGAAUUGUGGGGUUCCUUCGGGACCAAUGCUUCCGUGAUGCGUCUCUUCUGGGCCAAGAAAUCAAGGUGCUUAAGGUGGUAAAGGGAGGCUCCUCGGGAAAGGGGACAACGCUGAACCACAGAUCUGACCAGGACGUGGUUCUAUUCCUGAGCUGCUUCUCCAGUUUCAAACAUCAGGCGAGAAACCGAGAAUGCAUCAUCAACUUCAUUGAGAGCAAGCUGCUUCACUGCAGGAAAAGCCUGGCCUACAACAUCACUGUGGUUAAACACAGAGAGGGAAAUCGGAUCCCUCGCUCCCUGACCUUAAAGGUCCAGUCCAGGAAGAGUGACGACAUCAUUCCGAUGGAUGUUCUCCCGGCUUAUGAUGUUUUGGGACCCUUUUCCCGAGACAUGAAACCAGACCCAGAAAUCUAUGAAGAGCUAAUAAAGAGUAGGGGCUACCCUGGCGAGUUCUCGCCCAGCUUCACAGAGUUGCAGCGACAUUUUGUGAAAAGCUGCCCGGUUAAACUGAAGAACCUCCUCCGGCUGGUGAAGUUCUGGUACAUGCAGUACCUGAGACGUAAAAAUAGAGGAGUAACAUUGCCCCCAAAAUAUUCCCUGGAGCUACUGACCAUCUAUGCCUGGGAAAUGGGUACAGACAGCAGCGAAAGCUUCAAUUUGGAUGAAGGGUUUGUAGCCGUGAUGAAGCUCCUCAGAGACUACCAGAACAUCUGCGUAUACUGGACUAAGUACUACGAUUUCCAAAACCAGGUCGUCAGAGACUUUCUCAAAGAACAGCUGAGGGGAGACCGGCCCAUCAUCCUGGACCCAGCUGACCCCACCAACAACUUAGGAAGUAGAAAUGGAUGGGACCUGGUGGCCAGAGAAGCUUCCUACUGCUUGAGGCAGGCCUGUUGCCGGACCGAAGACCCCAGAAGGAGCUGGGAUGUACCGCCAGCACGGGACAUUCAGGUGACAGUGAAACAAACAGGAAAAGAGACAUUGAGACUCUGGGUAAACCCCUAUAGCCCCAUCAGGGAGAUGAAGGCAGAGAUCAAGAGGACAAAUGGCACCAGCGGAGAGCUACGCAUCUCCUUCCAGGAGCCACAAGGGGAGAGGCAACUGCUCAGCAGCCAGAAGACCCUGUCGGAUUACAGAAUAUUCUCUAAGGUGACCGUCCGGGUGCUGGAGACAUUUCCUCCUGAGAUCCAGGUCUUUGUGAAGGAUUCCAGUGGCCAGAGCAAGCCUUAUGCCAUCCGCCCUGAUGAUACCAUCAAUUACCUGAAGACGAUAAUUGAAGAUGCUGGAGGGCCUCGUAUAGAGGAUCAGGUACUGAUGUUGAAGGAUGAGGAACUGGAAGAUGAUUGCAGCCUUUCAGAGCUACAGAUCAAAGACUGUGACACCAUCCAGCUCAGUAGGGCGGUCUAGUCCUAGUCUGGCUAUGAAUGGUAUCAACACCUAUAGUCAUAUGCUUCCCCACCUCAUCCCUUUACCCAGAUGCUUUAUUCUCUCUGGGGCUUAAAUAGCAACACAUCCUCUUGCUUAAAACACUCCUGUGCUUUUUCAUACCCCAUACAUACAGAAUGAAGUUCAAGUCUCUUUGCUUAAUAUUCAGUCUCAUUUAAUAUAAUCAAGGUGAGCCCUACUUACUUCCCUUCCCCACUCGAUGCACACCAGUCUCCCAAAUACUCGAAACUCACGCUGAUGCCAAGUCGCACCUCCAUCACUUUGAGUCAGUUAUCCUUUACCCUUGACCCGUGGUUUCGUCUUUCAAGACUCGGCCUUGUACGCCCCUGAAUCUCAAAGUGCAGUUCUCAGAUCGACAGAAUCACUGUCACUCCAGGAACCUCCUAGAUAGGAAAAUUAACCUGAGCCAGAUAUUGCCCUGAGACUCGCAGUCAGCGUCAUGACAAGCCCCCCCACACACAUAUUAUUGCAGUGCGUGCUCAAGUUUGAAAAGGACUGCCGUGUGGCCGUGCAGCUGGCUGAGUCACCUUGGGCGCCUGUCUUCUCUCUCCGUCCACAGCAGACAUCUCUGAAAGGAAGUGGGAUAGUAAUCAUGUUGUUUUGUUGGAACUCUCUCUCUAGUCUAAUGGAACUUGAUUUUCCUGAACGCCUAAUGCCUUGGCCCUUGUGGUCUAGAAUGGUACCAAUUCAGUGCAAAUUGUUCGGCACGUGCCCGCUGAAUAAAUAAA